GGUUCGAUAUUCUGGUGUCCUAGGCGUAGAGGAACAACACCAAUCCAUCCCUUUAAUUUAUAGCCAAUCACCAUCAUAAAUUCAUAAUAUAAUUGUAAAAUUGAGAAAAACAACCGAUUAAACUCGGCGCAAACCCUAGAAACACUGAUUUACCCCAAAUCCGAAGAAACGAUUUCGUCUGGAGAUACCAAGAUUUUGAUUGGAAGGUAGAGAUUUUACAAUGUCACCGGAUCAUAGAGAUAGCCAUAGAAAGAGGUCUCGUCCUCAGUCUGACUACGAUGAUAACGGUGGAAGCAAACGAAGAUAUCGUGGUGAUGAUAGAGAUUCACUUGUAAUCGAUCGUGAUGAUACUGUUUUCCGAUAUCUGUGUCCGGUUAAAAAGAUUGGGAGUGUUAUUGGUAGAGGAGGUGAGAUUGUCAAGCAAUUGAGGAUGGACACUAGAUCGAAAAUUAGAAUAGGGGAGGCAAUUCCGGGAUGUGAUGAACGUGUGAUUACGAUCUACAGCCCUAGUGAUGAGACCAAUGCCUUUGGAGAUGGAGAGAAAGUUCUUUCUCCUGCGCAGGAUGCUUUGUUCAGGAUUCAUGAUCGAGUAGUUGCUGAUGAUGCGCAAAGUGAAGAUAGCUCUGAAGGAGAGCAGCAAGUUACUGCUAAGCUGCUUGUGCCUUCGGAUCAGAUUGGAUGUAUUCUUGGGAGGGGUGGCCAAAUUGUUCAGAACAUUCGGAGUGAAACUGGUGCUCAAAUUCGUAUCAUCAAGGAUAGAAACAUGCCUCUAUGUGCCUUGAAUUCAGAUGAGCUCAUUCAGAUAUCUGGAGAAGUGCUCAUUGUUAAGAAGGCUCUGCAUCAGAUUGCCUCUCGCCUUCAUGAAAAUCCCUCACGUAGUCAGAAUCUACUUUCUUCUGCAAUUUCCGGCGGAUAUCCUUCUGGCUCACUCAUGAGCCAUGCGGGUGGUCCUCGACUUGUAGGAAUAGCACCACUGAUGGGUUCCUAUGGACGUGAUGGAGGAGAUUGGUCACGCCCUUUAUACCAACCUCCAAGAAAUGACCCACCGGCAACAGAGUUCUUUAUUCGGCUAGUUUCCCCAGUUGAAAACAUUGCAAGUGUUAUAGGGAAAGGAGGUGCUCUAAUCAAUCAGCUUCGACAGGAAACCAGAGCAACCAUUAAAGUUGAUAGCUCUAGAACUGAAGGAAACGAUUGUUUGAUAACCAUAUCAGCAAGAGAGGUUUUUGAGGAUGCGUAUUCCCCAACCAUUGAAGCAGUUAUGCGGCUGCAACCUAAAUGCAGUGAAAAGGUGGAAAGAGAUUCUGGACUUGUUUCAUUCACCACUCGUCUUCUUGUGCCAAGUUCUAGGAUUGGUUGUAUCCUUGGUAAAGGAGGAGCCAUCAUAACUGAGAUGAGAAGAAUGACCAAAGCUAACAUCCGCAUACUCGGGAAGGAAAAUCUUCCAAAAGUUGCAUCUGACGAUGAUGAGAUGGUUCAGAUUUCUGGAGAACUUGACGUUGCCAAGGAAGCUCUCAUACAAAUUACAUCAAGAUUAAGAGCCAAUGUUUUUGACCGAGAAGGUGCUGUUUCUGCACUUAUGCCGGUGUUGCCUUAUGUUCCUGUUGCACCAGAUUCUGGUGAUAGAUUGGACUAUGAUAGUAGAGAUAGCAGAAGACUUGAACGUGGGAAUCCUUAUCCUGGUGGUUAUGGCUCAAGUGGCUUGUCUGCUGAAGGUUACUCGUCAUAUGGUGCGCCGGUUGGUGGUAGUAGUAGUACUCCAUAUGGAGUUUAUGGAGGUUAUGCAUCUGGACGCAGUAGCAGUUCUGGGUUAUCAAGCCAUUCUUCUACCUACCGACGCAGAAACUAUGAUUACUAGAAGCUAUUGGUUGGUGAUUAAAAAGGUUAGAUUAUAAUAUUUGUUUGUUUAAGUCCUUUUAAACUUAGUAUACCUACCUAUAUGCCCCAAGUUCAUGAGAUAAUCUGAUCUGAUCUGUCCGGGUGUCAGAUUCUGAUUCACUGCUUUUUUCCCUUUGUGACCUUUUCCCCGUCCCACUAAAUCAGUGUGAGAUCCUGAAGCCUGAAGCCAACCCCACAGCCCACAGUUGAAGCCUUUUUCACCAAACAAGAUGACAAAGCUGAACCACCAAACUCUACCUAGGAGAACCGAUUACAUGUGGAUGAGAUAUUUAAGUUUCUUUCAAAACUUUCCAUGUCCGCUUGUAACCAAAAAUACUGCCGAGUUCCUACCCAUUAAACCUUAUCCAGUUGGCCUUGGCUGUAAUGCUGUCUAUCUUUCACUUUACCUUUGUCUUUCCUUGGAUUAGAUUCAGAAAACCUUAGUUUGGUUGUGUAGUUCCGUUUUGUAUGAAUUAUGUAAUUUUAAACGCUCUCAUGUACUGGUUUUGCUUA